AUGUUUAUAUCUUUGCCCGAUGCUGAAAAUGCCGGGUGAAAAUAACACCUGGUUCCUUGUUCAUUUUGAUGAUCCAACUCUGACUAAUUUUUCGAUUCUCAAAGCAGUUUAAACCAGCUUUUUGAAAUAAAUUAUUUCUACACUUCAGCCAAAGAUCAGGGAUGGCCAGUGAAGUCACCCCCGUGAUCAUUGUUCACGGCGGUGCAGGAGACAUCGCUGAGGGAAGGGAAGGUGUCGUGUAUUCAGGUAUCCAGGACGCCGCCAGAGAGGGGUACAAGAUUCUCCAGGAUGGGACUGCUUUGGAUGCUGUAGAAAGAGCCGUGUGCUGCCUCGAAGACAACCCACAAUUCAAUGCAGGCUAUGGUUCAAAGUUGAAUGCUGCUGGGGAAUUGGAGAUGGAUGCCAUUAUGAUGGAGGGGAAGUCCCUAAAAUCAGGCGCUGUAUCGUGCGUUCGGGACAUCAAGAACCCAAUCAAAUUAGCAAGGACGGUCUUAGAAAAGACUGAGCAUGAUUUUCUGAUUGGGAAAGGACUUGAGGCUUUUAUCGAUGAACAUGGUUUAACCAGGACAUCUCCUUCAGAGUUAAUCUCAGAACGAGCGAUCAACCUAUUGGAGAGUAUGAAGGGAACCGAUUACCUCUCAGAAGUAAAACGUGAAGAAAGGGAACAAACGGAACAUGAUACUGUGGGGGCGGUUGCCCUUGAUAGAUUUGGAAACAUCGCUUGUGGUACAUCUACCGGGGGACUUACUGGUCAACGGGUUGGGAGGGUUGGAGACAGCCCUUUGAUUGGAUGCGGUGCCUACUGUGACAAUGCUGUAGGAGGGGUAUCAACCACGGGUAUCGGUGAAGCUAUAAUGAGGAUCGCAAUGGCUGCUCGUAUUAUACUCUAUAUGGAACAUGGAAUGACAGGUGAGGCCGCAGCAAAGAAGGCCCUUGAGAUGAUGAAAGAACGGACCGGUUACAAAUCCGGCGCCAUUGUCCUCGGUGCAGACGGACAACCAUCACCGGUCUUCACUACUUCCGGGAUGCCCUGGGCCAGUGUAAAAAGUGGGCGAAUUUCGUAUGGGGUCAGAAAGGGAGAUAUUUUGGACGGAGGGAGUAUGUGAAUUGGUUAUAAAUCACGUAGUAUGACGAUUGAUUUUGGAAACUAUUGUUUGUUUUAACAUAUAGGCGACGGAUUUGUAAUAUUUUUAAUUCAUCGAGAGAAGGGGGGUCCUUUCCUCGGAUCAUCACCAAUUGUUAAAGCUCCCCAGGCAUAGCUUUGACUGCCAGAAUCCAUAUUUAACUACAAAGAUUACUUCGUCGUCGUUUUUAAUCAUGAUUAUCGAUAUUAUUACAGCUGUUUUCUUCUUCUAUUUGGUAUGGUAGUAUUUCUUAAUCGAUUACUUGUCAAUUUAAUUUGUUGACAUUGUUUUCAUAAUGUAUUUUAUAUAUUUUAUGUAAAGGGCCAAUAUUAACAAGCUUCGGCUUCAUUUUGGUCCUAACCAUCUUAUGAUAUAUGUUUUGUAUUUGAUUUUAUAUUGUUAAUUGGUUUUAAUAAAUGAACUUGAACUGAACUGGUUAAACUUAAUAAUUUGAUCAUUCUAUGUCAUCCAUGCUGCUCAUGCAAGAUGAUUACAUUAUUCAACAUAUGCCUAAUUAUGUUUUGGUUUGUCAUAUUCUCUAUUUGCUUACGAUAACGACAAGUGGCUUUACGAUGUAUAUUUCUGAUAUAUUGUCAAACUAUCUUUGUUAUAUUUGUGUUACCAUAAUACAUUGUUAUGCAGAGGAAAAAAUAGAUAAUAAAAUCAAUCAAAUCAUAGAUGGAAAGGAGUAGUAAAACACAAACAUGAUAAAAAUGCAGGAGCAUAAUAAAGUAUCAACAUGCAUGCUAGGCGAAUGACAUAAUAGCAUCAACGGUAUUAUGAGUAUGUGAUAUUUCAGGUUCUGGUAAUGGUGAAAUUAUACAAUAUUCGUGAAAUAUUGAUAAGAUGUAUUCACCGACACGGAAUGGGCUUGAGUUUUUUUAAUAAAUAUAACACGAUCUACUGUAGAUGUCAACCAACAAUUAAGAUUAAGGGGAAGGUUAUAGAGAAAGACGUUUUGUACCUGAGACCGUUUAUGAUCGAAUUACAAUAAUAGGUCUAAACAAUCCAAGUUCUUUUAAAAAAAAUUUCGAUACAGAAAUGAUUUGAAGUUUUUGAAAACUAUAAUUUGAUAAGAAAUAAUCUGAAAGACGGUUAUGAAAAUCAAACAGUUUUAAAUGAAAUUUUCUGAUAUUUCUGAAUGAUGACGUUUACUGAGCGUCAAUAUCAAAAAACGCACCAAAUAGAGCAGCAUGCAUCUCUGCCUUAGUUUUUUUUUUAAUUAUAACCGACGUAGAAAACUCUCUUUAUAAUGAGAACUAGUUUAGUUCGACUGAGGGCUAGAACUUAACUUUUUUUUAAAUUGAGGCUGCAUUUGGGCUGAAAGCAUUAUUGUGUCACUUGUUGUUCAUGUAAUUGUUUUGAAGCUAUUGUUUCAAAAUUACGUACGCGAUUUCCCGUUAAAUCAGUGCAUGGUAUUACGGUUAUUGCAACGAUAGGAAUUUAAUUACGUGAAUUAUGAACAUUUACAGAUGCAUGGGUCCUGGUUAUACAUUAGUAUCGACAACAUACAUCGCCGAUCUAUAAGUUUUCGAUUUUGAUAAGUCGGACCUAAUUUCUGACGAUGCUGAGUUUUAGAAUUAAGUGCCGAAUUAUAGUUGGUCUCCUUACAGAUUUUAUAUAUAUUUUAUAUUUUGCCUCCGACGAAGAUUCUGCUAGGAUCGAAAGCUUAGGCCCCUUUUUGACUUUCAGAUUUUAUAUUUGUAAUAAUAAAUCUUAUAUGCACACUAUUGUUCAGUACAUUUCUUAGUCAUUUUAUACCAAUUUGAAUUGUCUCUUGUAAUUAUUUACUCUUGCUAUGCUGAAUAUCACACAAGUUUUUGUAUUAUGCUGUAGUCUGAUUUCUUUCCCCUUUUAUUUCGAGACCACCAUCAAUUUCAAGCUCCAAGCUUAAGAUGGUGGUCUCCCACAUUUCGAAUGUAUCAUAUAUUCUUUCUGCUCAUAUUUAUCUUUUAUUAAUUGAAAAAGAUCAAAUUUUCAAGUAUAAUUAUAUUUUGAUUAGAAUAAUGUUAUGUAUCUUAUUCAUUAUGUUUGCUCAUUGUUAUGUAAUGUUGGAAAUAAUCCUUCUUGUAUAUACUUUUGUUAUUGGAAUGUGGUAAUAAAAAAUGAAUAAAAUCAUAUAUAUUUUUAAAAUAUAAGGAUUGAUUGAAAAUAAACACAAAUGAAAACGACGUCUUCACGAACAC